AUGUCGGCCUGGGCAAAGUUGACACGUUUUGCUCGUCGUUUCGUGCAUUUCAAGCAGAUGGAUUUCGAAUUUGCUCUUUGGCAGAUGUUAUAUUUGCUGAUUCAGCCUCAGAAAGUCUAUCGGAAUUUCAUAUACAGAAAACGUACAAAGGACCAGUUUGCUCGGGAUGAUCCCGCGUUCUUAGUUUUGCUAUCGCUGUCUCUUAUCUUCUCUUCGAUCUUCUAUGCGGUUGCCCUAGGCUUGACGACAUGGGGAUUUGUGAAGUUUUUCUUAUGGGUAAUCUUCAUAGACUGUAUCGGUGUCGGAUUGAUUGUUGCUACAAUUCUAUGGUGGUCCUCAAAUCAGUUUCUUCGAAAAGUGCAGGACCAAGAUGUGGAAUGGGGUUAUUGCUUCGAUGUGCAUCUCAACGCCUUCUUCCCCAUGCUUAUUCUUUUGCAUGUUCUUCUUCCCAUAAUUUACCCAACCUUGGUUGACUCCCCAUUCUUCUUACCUACUGCACUUGGUAACACAAUUUGGUUCAUUGCUGCAGUCUAUUACGUAUAUAUAACGUUUCUCGGAUAUACUGCUCUGCCAAUUUUGCAUCGCACUCAGUAUUUCCUAUAUCCGAUGACAUUUUUGUUCAUCUCAUGGGUAGCUACGAUAACGGCGGGAUGGAAUAUCUCUCGAAGUGCCAUGGGUUUUUACCAUUACAGAGUUCGAUCAGACGAUUAG